AGGAUCAUGAGCGAUCAAGAAGACAUCACGAUUUCGAUAAUUCGAAUGGAGAAACUUUUAACGAGAGUUACGAAUAGACUGAAGGAAUCGAUUGAAAAAUGUGGAGUCGAUGCUUCGUCAUUACUUCGAGAGAUCAUCGAUCUCAUUGAGCUCCUAAAAAAAUUCGUUAUAUCCCGUAUGAAGAAAACUCCCGAUGUAGAAUCCAAGCACGCUAUCAAUUUGCACGAUUGCCGAACAAAAAUAGCGGAAGUCUUGGCGGAACUCGAAGCUUUGCAGGAAAUGUCUGAAGAACAAAACUCGAGCUCUGAAAUUUUUCUGAGGGAUAUUGUUGUCUGCGUAAAUGACGAAGAAGAGAUAAUGCGAAGCAUCAAGGAAACAUCAGAAAUAGAGAUACCAAAAGAAAUAGAGGAAUCAAUGCGGGAAAUGAUGAAUGUAAGGGAACGAGAGGAAACACGAUGGAAAAUACUACAGUCUGAAAUAGAUUCAACAGAGCGCAGAUUGUACAACGUUACAGAAUUCAAUGCAACAUCUGAGAAAAAGCUUUUUGAUAUAUGUGCAAACAUUGAACAACAAUAUAUUGCGCUUCUUGCUAAAUAUGAUUGCGACAUCGGUGCGUCUCAUGCGUUGACAGAAGAACUAUCAAAAAACAAUGAAAUUAUUAUAGAAAAAAUUAAAGAAAUGGAGGAUCAGCUGGCCGUGCAACGGGAACUGUAUGUUCAAUUCAAGAAAGAGCGAGAACUCACGCUAAUGAUAGCUUUCACCAAACAAUUAGAUUUGCUUAGGCGCAACCGAGCCGCCAAGAUUAUCCAAAGAGCAUGGAAAGCAUACUUCGAGCGUAUUUCUUUAAAGAAACGACGAAAAACGAAGAGAAAAUAAGACAAUUUCAUUAGUCUUACAUUUGAACAAACAGAUGAUAUUACCCUAAUAGUACAGA